GUUGUUAAGGGCGACAGCGUUCAGUUGUGAAUACACAUUACAAUAUCUAAUAAACGUUUCGAGCACUUUCUGAGGUAAUUUGUUACAUAUAAAUAUGAACCCAUUUCCAAAGUUAUUAGAAGGCUGUCUCAUUGACACAAACCAUGUAGAGUCCGCAGCGAUAUUUGUGGCGAAAACUGGCGACGUAACAGCAGCGUCCAACUUCACAGUCUGUCCAGAACAAACAGAGAUGUUUCGAGACGCAUUCAAGCACGUGAACGUAACGAGGCAGAGAGGACUCGACUUCAGGAACAAACACUACACCUGCGUGCGAGCUGACAAACACUCCAUAUACACAAAAUGUGAAGGACAUGGCCUGAUAUUGGUGAGAACUGCACUGUAUGUGAUUGUUGGCACAUAUUCGCAGAGCAUGUAUCCAAGUAUCUGUGUGGAAGCAGUUGAGAAACUAGCCGAGUAUCUGCGUGAAAAGGGAAACUGAAGCUCAUCACAUCAGACCUGAAGAGGUAACAUAACAGGCUGUAGAAGCAGCUCAUGGUGUCCCUGCCGAUGGACCGUCCCUCAGUUGAGCCAAAUGGACAUUUGAUAUGCAGGUGACAAAAAUUCCUUAUCAUUUACAGACUAAUUAAUAAACAUAAUAUAAUAAAUAUUCAAAAUAUUACAUUCUAGUCCUAUAUGCAUUAGAACAUUUAUCUCAAAUCCAUGCAUAUUAUAUGCACUUUUUUUUGUAACAUGCUAAUAAUUCAUUUCUGAAAUGAGAACCUUAUCUGAAAAUAACCAUUUCAGAACAAUCAUGCAGGCCACAAUCAGCAUAAAAUUACUGAGAAUAAGCAAUGAAGCUUUACUAAACGUAUUUGACAAGCUAUUAAAAACUACAGUUAAAGCUUUAAACAAACCAAUUAAAUUAUGUUUCUAUAAUAUCUAUCCCAGACAGACAUGUUUUUAGUGUUUUAGUCCAUCAUACUGAACAUUAAACUGACAAAUCAUGG